CCUUCCGGCUACAAGAGCCGCGUUUUUGUGGCGGGAGUUUUACCCAUAUUGUUGUCGAGGUUGGUUGUUUACAGUGAAUUAGGUGUUGAUCCGUGCAAUAGUUUGGUGUAAAAUUGACGAGGCAAAGGCAAUUGCAAUGAACGGCGAUGGAGUGCAUGGACUGAACGGAGAGACGGUGGCCCUAUCUGAAGCUAAACACAUCAAUGGCACUCCUAGCAAGUCAAAAAUAGCCUGUGAAAACGGCGAGGCAGACAUCCACGCUGUCAAGCCAAAUGGAACUAAGAGAAGAACCCCAUCUGAUACGUUCUCCUUCACUGCCGAACCUACCAUCGAUGACAUACGACGGAUGCAAGCUGAAUUUACUGACGAGCGAGACUGGAACCAGUUCCACCAACCACGCAACCUCCUGCUAGCUAUGGUCGGAGAAGUGGGCGAGGUAUCUGAGCUUUUCCAGUGGCGUGGCGAGGUGACUGAAGGACUUCCCGGCUGGACCGACUCCGAGCGCGAGCACCUGGCACAUGAACUCAGCGACGUCCUCAUCUACCUAGUUGAGUUGGCCGAGAAAUGUCAUAUCGAUUUACCCCAAGCAGUGCUGCGCAAAAUGGCCCUAAAUAGGCUGAAGUACCCAGCCAGCAAGGUGCAUGGCUCGUCUAAGAAGUACACCGAAUACAAGGACUGAGCGAUUGCAUGCUACCAUGCCCAAAUGGCGCAAUGAACACACCCCUGCAUUUACAAAGUAGACAAGAACUGAAAAAUACUGUUCAACUUCAGUUAAUGGCAAUGGAGAAUGUUUAUACAAUAUUUUAUUUAGGGCACUACUGUAUCUCAAUAGUUGGUCAAACUGCCGUUAGCUGCUUUUAGUAUUAUAAAGUGCGUUUUAAAUCCAGUGUUUUUCUUUAACUAUAUGGGUGUUCAUCUUUUGACCUCCCUCUGAUGCUUUGACGUUUUAACUGUUCCCCAAAGUCAAAUUGUAAGAAGUCCAUUUUAUUUUUCAUAGUAUGAGUAACUACAUUUAAAUCUCUUAAAUCCAUAUUGUUGUCAAUGAUGGAUGGAAGCUAUGUUCUUUUGUUGCUUUAAAUUCAAUGCAUGUGUGCGACUGAUAGAAUCUUCUGCCCAAAAGUAAAAGUGCCUUCAACUAUACUUGCUGUCCUGCAGAUGCUAUGUAAUUUAUGUAUAUUGACUCUGUAAUGCAUUUAAUCAAUCAGAUUUAAUCAC